AUGUUUGCAAAACCUAUUGAGCCUGAACGGGAUCCACCGAUCGAGACACAAGCGCAGAUUAUUAGUCUGGAUACAAACGCGAGCCAUGUACCCGCCACUUCCGGCACCACCCUACUGCCUCGCCCAGUCGCAUCGUUAGUCUCGCUGCUCACUCAAUCGACUUCGCUGUCAUUGAGGGUUGGGACCUUCUUUGGUGGAGUCGCCUUGGAUGGAGCGCGGGCAACGACGUUGACGGGUCUAGAACUGGGGCGUGCUGUUAUCGAAGGUAUUUUGACAAGGGCUGGAAGGGAUGUCGCAUUUCGCAGCGGCGAUGAACAUGGACGGAGAGAGGCGGAAUCCUUGCUGGAGAGAAGUUUGGCCACUCUACAUACAACUGUGACCUCGGCAUCAUUCUUCGCCGCGGCCUCCUUUCAUUUCUCAUCCACGACGCUGGCGUCGGUUGCGAAUUUCUCGCAGGCUCUGUUAUCAACACUCGAUGCGAUUCUCGGAUCUACCGAGUCGUCUAGGGCUAUCGCGGCUAUCAUCACGCUCAUCCGACGCGAGUUCCGAUCCGUCGAUGCUGCCGCCAGCAGCGAGAAGAUUGGCGUGGGCGAUCUCUUUUUGGGCUCUGUGGGAUUUGCACUCCUGCAGCGCUGGGGAAAGAAGAAUACGGAACGUACACUCCGCCAAAAAGGUGGCGAUGAAGUGGUUUGGGAUACCGUCAUCUUGGACAGCGGUCUCAGAGCCGACGUUGUGGGCACACAUCAAGUACACUUUCCGGAUGGGAACCAGGAAGGACUGGUCGAGCCUGAUAGUGCAUCUUUCGUGAUGCCGGCCCAUGGCGAUGAGUCCUUUGAUGCGGUUCAUCGACGACCUAGCAUACCAGAAAGCUUUCCUGGGUCUCACCUGUCGAUCCAAUUAGAUGGUCAGCAGCAAGUAUCGGACGAAGACAUUCGCUCUUAUAUCAUGAGCCAAUUGCCUCAAGGUUGUCAUGCUACUAUCAAAUCGGAAGUUCUCACCGCACGCACCAUCACGGUGGACAUAUUCGACGACGACAUGGCUGAGAUUGCUGCACCUCCGGGCACGACAAUGAUCGAAGAGCGGUUCCACCAUGAUCCUGAAUGCAACAAUACAAAUGUUCCGGAAUACCAGCGGCUUCCAAAACAUACCGUGGUGUUUCGGACUGCUUUCAACAAAUCUCAAAGCACCGAGCUCCGUCCUCACAACGGUUCACGUAUCCCGAGUCCAACGGAGACACAACGUCCAAGAACUCUGCCUGGAGGCUCGGUAUCGAAUGGCCAUGACAGAGCCCAGAAUGGCCGAGCCCGUUUCGAAUCCAAUUCUCCGACUGAAGUUGCAAUUGCGCGAAAAAAUACAGUUAGCCCCGCAUCUUCUAGUGAUAAUAGCCAGAAGUCUGGAUUCGGGAAAGGCUCGUUCUCCAAGUUGGCAAAAAAAGCGGAGAAUUCCGAGAGUACUAAGCGAGCACAACUCAAGAAGCCAGCACUGAAAACCCCCGGCUCGUUGAGUGCUCCAAACGUACGCCAACCCACCAGGCCAACGAAAGGCGCUGCCUCUGUCCGAGAAGCGACUGCGCGCGAGACCUCUGGCCAACCAGGACCCAAACUUCGACACACACAGGCAGUGGACUAUCGACCCAGCACCCCAGCGCCGAAUAGAGGCUUGCGCAGGUCGCCGUACCCUCACCCUCCCCAGUCCCCUCAAUCGCCACGAGCACAUGCUAGACACGUCCCUCCCCGCAAUAUUCCUGACCGGAGUAGCUCCAGGGCGGGGUUCUUUUUGAUGCGUGAACAGAGUCAAGAAUCGCUUUUGACUCACACAGAUACCUUCUCACGCCGCAAUGCGGAUUUGCGCCCUGGCUCGCCGGCGGCUGCGAUGACUCAUGUGCGCAGCAGUAGCUCCAUGUCUUUGACAAGAUCCGAGGCAGAUGGAACUGUUUCUGUGAAUGAUCACCGGCCCAGCUCGUCGGCGCUGCAUGGACGGUCUCAUUCGUAUACUCCGAGUAUGUACUCGGUUGCCACGGCGGGCUCGGAGACUUCGCUUUUGCUCGCGCAUCGGCCUCGCAAAAGUGCAUACGAGGAUAUGAGUACUAUUCAAGCGUUGAAUCGCGAUGGCCUGGUACCAGGCAUCUUCCCUGAGAGACACUUUGUUCAAAACAUUCGCCGAUUCUGCCGCUUCUCGUCUGCUUCUUAUGGCGCUAGUGCGCUCAAGGUUAUGGGUGUACCCAAGGGCACGAAAAGUCUCCCUACGGCUGUAUCCGAUAGCCAUGAACACAGCGCGUUCUCGGAUUAUGCCGGGCUUCCGCCGUCGACUAUCUUGCUCUCCUCUUUUGUUGAUCCCGCAGGAGGUACGAAUGCUGCUGGUGAGACGGAGAGCGGAUUCCCGCUCGUGCACUAUCUCUCAAUCGACCAUGAGUCAAAGGCAGUCGUUCUAACCCUUCGCGGAACCUGGGGCUUCGAGGAUAUCCUCACGGAUAUGACAUGCGACUAUGACGAUCUAGAAUGGCAAGGCAAGAAUUGGAAAGUGCAUAAAGGCAUGCACGCCUCGGCCAAGCGACUACUCGAAGGCGGCGGUGGCCGGGUGAUGAUCACCUUGCGCGCCGCGCUGGAGGAAUUUCAAGAUUACGGCGUCGUUCUCUGCGGUCACUCUCUGGGCGGUGGUGUUGCAGCCUUGCUAGCAACGAUGAUUGCCGAGCCCAGCUGUGCCCUUACAGGCACAUCCUUUGUGACGGCGUCAUAUCAGCCCGGUCUCCAACCACGCCUUAUCACCGUUGACAGCGGCUCGCCUUCUACCGCAGCGCAUACAUCACCAGCCUACGAUCUUCCUCCCGGCCGCCCAAUCCACGUCUACGCCUACGGUCCCCCAGCCGUGAUGUCCCCCUUCCUCCGUCUCGCCACCCGCGGCCUCAUCACAACCAUCGUCAACGGCUCCGACGUAGUCCCCAGCCUCUCCCUGGGCAUCCUCCACGACAUGCACACGGCAGCCUCCCUCUUCAAAAGCGACAUCUCCGGCGCAAAAUCCCACGUCCGCCAACGCCUGCACGAAAGUCUCCGCCAAAGCAUCAUCCACAAAUUCUACGUCAACCAACCGCCACACGUCCUCCACGCCGGCGACGGCGUUGGCGAAGACGCUUGGGCAUGGAAAACGCUCGGCCUGUUACGAGAUGAGAUGCGCGCGCCCAAACUGAUGCCGCCCGGCGAGGUGUUUGUCGUUGAGACGAUGCGCGUCUUGCAGCGGGAGGCGUUUACGGCGGCGCCUGAGUUUGGGACUGAUGGGUAUCCGAGGCUUGGGAGGCCGGCGACGAGGGUGCAGUUGCGGUUUGUGAGGGAUGUGGAUGCUUUCUUUGGGGAGUUGAGGUUUGCGUCGGGAAUGUUGAGUGAUCAUAAUCCGGCGAGGUAUGAGACUAGUUUGGCUGCUUUGGCGAGGGGGGUGCUUGAUGAGUGA